AUGGCCAUUUUACCGUCUGUCGAGCGUGGCUAUCUGCCAUAUGCGCUUUUCGUGACAAGCUUGAUGGCUCUGACACAUUCCGUCGUUACAUACCUUCGCCCUAUCCCCUCGCAGAUACAGUUUGCUGGCCCGUCCGCUCCACCACCAAACACACUGACGGCGCACAUUUACGGCGUCAAAAACGUCUAUUCAGGCCUCAUUCGGCUCUACGCAGCCUAUAGCAUUCGCAAUCGCGAUCUCUACACUUUGGCUCUCGCCACGUACCUAGGAGUCUUUGGUUUGUACGGCGCCGAGCUGUGGAUCUGGCGCACAGUGCGGAUGCGGGAGACUCUAUCCUCGUUCAUUAUCUCGGGCACGAUGAUAUGCUGGAUGUUGCUGGAGAAGAGCUGGUACGUGGUGUAG